ACUGCCUUUAAUUUAAUCUCUUUUUGUUUCCCUGUGGUUAAUACUCAUUUGCUGUUGAUCAUGGCUGGUGUGUCCUGGCAUGUCAUGCAGUGCUGUUUUAUGAUGUUACAGCCCCCAGUUGUCCACUCUCUGCCUCUGUGGGAUGUUCUUGUUCAGCGUGAGUGGAAGAAGACAACAUAUGUCUGUGUUUCAGCUGCUGCGUACAAAGCCCAGCAGCAUAGCUGAAACCCACCUUUGAUAAUGCUCUACACUAAGACACUGGUUGUUUUAUCAAAGCAUAGUUUUCUUCUGCCACCUCAGCUUCCUGUCAGGACAGCUGGAAAUACUAAUGUCUUCAGCAGCUGCACCAAGAUUCUCUGAAGCUCAUGUGUUAAAGCCCUGCAAGAACAGACGUUACAAGAUGCAAAUGGAAACAGGGGCAUCCAAUUUUCCCUGAUGUCUGUUGGAUUUAGGUGCCUAGUUCACUUUUAUCUAUGUAUAGUAGCAUUAUUCCAGGGGACAAUUCUGUAGCCAAUGGAAUUUUGUAAGCGAGGGGAGCUUUCCUGAGCAGAGCACAUCAUGUGGCUUGGACCAUAAAAGGAACUUAUACUCCCCAAGGGAAGCAGGACUCUUGAACUGAAGGAGUUGGCAGGUUAGGAUUUGACUAUGGCAGUGCGGUUCCUGCAGAAGGCAUCUGUGUGGUUAAAGAAGCGCAGGAUCACUUUGUUGGCCGUUUCAUGCAUGGGACUGUUUGGUGCUAACCUUUCCUAUCAUGUGUUCCCUGAUCAGACGUUCAAACUGUUGCAUGAGUGCUGGUCAGAGGGGCAGCCAGCUGAGCUUUCACAGAGGCUCUGUGGUGUCUUUCAGGAUGUCCUUCAAGAUACUGGUGUGAAGUCUGCUGACUCGUAUCGAGCCUUUGCAGCUUCUGGCUUCCACCCUGUGAGUGCUGGAAUCCCCUGGUUCCCUGCAGGCUCUUUGGUGGGCAUCCCGCCUAACUUUGAAAGCACAGCUGAGAAUAAAAAAGGAAUAGUCAACCAUGUUGUUGUGAUCAGUGGCAAGGAAGUAGACUGGGAGAGCAAUGAAGGAGUUGCUUUGAAGGAAGCUCUGACGUUUUCUCUUGAAGCUCAGAAGUUUGCCCUUGCCAGAGAAGUUAUGUAUUUGCAGAACAGCAGCCCUUUAGCAAGUGCAGCCGUGGCUCCAACUUGCUUAGCUGGUACAUUUUUCUGUGGGAGAGCUAUAAAGCUACUUCUGGGUUUUUCUUCUGGCCCCGUGAUACUUCGUGGCAUCUGUAACCUCAUAACUGCGGCUGCUGGACUGAUGUGCUAUUACGUUUCUUACGACGCUGUGACCUAUCACCUAGACUGCAAGGCUGACAGAAGGGCAGCUACUGUUUCCAAAGACUACGCCAGAGGUGGGGUUGAAUUCUAUGAUAAAAUCCUGUCCCGCAACAGGAUCUUUCGUGGUCUGAUGGGCAAACAAGGGAUGAAAAUUUAUGCCCCAAGUGGUAACCUGUUCCCAAGGCACUGGUUCAGAAUAAAGUAUACCCCGUACACUUACCGAAGAGAUUUGAUUGUUAAUAUUUUAAGAGAGCUCCAGGCAUAGGGAGUGCUUGAAUUUUAAAGUUGUGAAUUGUGUAUUCUCUUGGAACACUGCUGUGCUGCCUUUUUUUUUCCCCCUGUAUCUUCAUGAUUAGAAUUUCAGGGUUUAUUUUUGCAUAUAGCUCGAACGAGUUGUUGCACAUUCUGUGAAUAAAGAAUUCUCUCUUAAAAUAUUAAAGACUCGCUUCAAAAGUGCUCUGUGCUGUGUGCAUCUCAAAUCACAAGACCACAGAGGAGGGAAGCUUCUCGAACACCGAUCUGGAAGUUCUGCUGUCAGUGCAGUCUGAAAAAUUUAAAGGAUGAAGUGAGACAGGGAGUUUUGGGAGCAUUAUUGUUUAACCAGGGUGUUUGUAUGUAAGUUUGCUGUUACUUUUUGUAGAACAACCCAAAGAUGAUUAAAAAACUGGACAGUCUGUAUUGUGCUGUUGCAUAAAUACCAAGACAUAGUGUUUCUGUUCUGUGUAAGUUGUUUGCACCAUGUCAAUUCUUAUGCUGCAGUCACCAUUCUUCAGUAGAGCACUCUAUUUACACUGAACUUACAGUAUGAACUUACAGUUCAUACUAAUACAGCUAGGUUAUUACCAGCAUCUGUAUUAUUUUGCUUAAAUAGGUCUGCUCUCUACAUGGCCUGGUGACUGCAGUAGUUAUCUUGAAUGUUUCCGAGCAGUGGUACUACGUAACGUGACUGUCGUGGGUUGGUUGUUUUCUCUCAAGUGGGAUAAGCAUGGUCAGGAGAGGGUUUCUUGUUUGCUUUGGUACAGAUUUUGUUUAAUUUAAAAAGCCAUAUAGAUGUAUGCCACCUUUUAUGUCAAAGAAGCCCAGGUGUAAGUCUGGCAUUUGUUGCAGAAUCUGGUAAGGUCUGUGAUGGAGAGUUGCCAAAGGAGAUCAUUCUCCUUUUUCAGACUAGCCUAAGGUUUUGUCUGCCAGAACCAAGCUUUGUCCAGGAUUACUAAUCUUCUGGAAAGGUCUUUUAGUGCAUGGCAGUAAACUUUCUGCUAUAGCCUCACCUUGAAGCUUUUAUGUGGUUUCCAAGGUGAUAGUUGUCAAACUUCAUAGUUCUGUCUUUUAUAUUGCAGCCCUCUUUUCUAUUGUUCCUCCCUGGUGACAUCACGGCAGUUCUCCUCAUCUCUGUUGUCAUUCUUACAGGAAAGUUCUGUUACUUUGUACCUUAGUCACAGUUGUGCUGAGUGUCCUAUCUGCCCUGGUUUUGUCCUUUAUUCAUCUGCUACAAUAAUAACUGUCAUGCCUGUGUUUGCUCAAAGCACUACUAAGUUCUGUUUUCUCAUUGAAUAAAGUUGAUGUACUGGCUGCUCAAA